AUGGCUGCCGUCCACCGAUUCCACUUGGCAACGGCCAUCAUGGCCCUCCUUCUUUCGCAGCUAUCCAUCGCCAGCGAGCUUGUCGCCCGCCACAUCGAGCUUGUCACGCCGCAGCCCUUCGUUUUCAACGAGUUCGGCCCUACCAACCCCCUCAGCCCUGACGGAUCCGACUACCCAUGCAAGGUGCCCCAAGGCGAGAGCUUCAAGAUGAGCAGCGCCCCUACCGAGAUGGUCAUCGGCGAGAACCAGACCGUCUCCUUCGAGGGCACGGCCGUCCACGGAGGCGGCAGCUGCCAGUUCGCCUUGGCCGAGGGGCUGGAGCCCACCAAGGAGUCUGCCUGGAAAGUCAUUCAGUCCAUUGAGGGCGGAUGCCCCAAAGCCAACAUUGAAGGUAACCUGCAGGACGGCCAGUCGCCUGAUGAGUACACCUUUACCAUCCCGGACGACUUCACUCCGGGCGAUUAUACCUUCGCUUGGACCUGGGUCAACCGAAUCGGAGGACAGCCAGAGUUUUACAUGAACUGCGCCCCCAUCAAGGUGAAAGCAGGAGCCGGCUCAAAGCGAAUAGUCAAGGACCGUCGAAUGAUGUACGACCGAAGGCAGGCCUCAUACCCAGACCUCUUCCUUGCAAACAUCGGCGAGGCGAGCAACGGGUGCGACACUUCCGAGGCUUUAGCCCAGCAGGUGGCGAUCCAGUACCCAUCUCCGGGCGGCAACGUCCUCACUCCCAACGGCCCAGACGGCCUGUUCAAGCAGCCCUGCGACGGGAACCCCCGCAACAGCGGCACGGGAGGCGGCGGCCGCGGCUCCGGAUCUGCUGCCACUGGCGGUGCUGCGUCCUCUGCGACUGGAGGCGGCGCGGCUGGAUCAGCGCCAACCGGUGCCUCCGGACAGACUGCAUCGGUCCCAUCAGGCGGUGCCUCUUAG